AUGUCCUCUCACGCAGUCAAAAGGCCUCGUUUGGCCUUGAGCUGUGUGGUAUGCCGUCGCCGCAAAGUGAAAUGUGGGAAAGAGAAACCCCAAUGUCACAAUUGUGAGCGACUUGGAGAGAUCUGUUCGUACGACACUGGCGUUCGUGAUACAGAAACGGGUCGCGUCCUGCGAGCUGCAGAGUUUGAAGAGAACGGUCCCCGUCCAGCUGAACUAACUUCCCAUGACCAAGAGAGGGUCUUCAAUGAGCAGGUUACUUCCAGUGAUGGAAAUCAGAUCCCUCUGGCCUCUGAUCAUUUGAGUCUUCAAAGAGGCGCUCGAGUUCGGCACAUUGGCAGGACUUUCUGGGGGUUCGUGAAUGGUCGGGAAGCAUUGAGUGAUGGAUUAUUCUAUGACGAGAAAACCACUCCAUCCGAUCUACCUCCAUCACAUAUUUCAGCUGUUUCACUGGCAAAGGUUCUGUUUGUCCUACCCACGAGACCAGCAGCUGAUGCACUCGUUCGAUCAUUCUUUGUAUCUGUUUACCCUAUCCAUCCUGUGGUCGAUACUUUGACCUUUCAAUCAGAUUAUGAGGCCUUCUGGGAAUGGGCUCGUUCGGGGGAUCUUUACCCGCCUCCCAAAUUGGUUGAAGAUCCCACAUUUACUUGCCUCCUUUUCGCCGUACUUUAUGCUGGCGCUUCAGGGAUAUCAUUAUCGAGAUGGACGGAUGGCCCACCUACCUUGAGAUGCCUUAAUCGCGAGACAACUAUUUCCCAGCUCGAAAAUGCCUGUGCUGAUAGUCUGUCUGCGUGCAGACAUUCUGAGCACCCAACGCUCAACACCUUGGUUGGAUCGAUUUUAUUCCAUGUAUUCGCCAAAAUCCAAUCAUCAACUGACGAUGCGCUUUUUAUCGCAAAGUCCAUCCGCCUGGCUCAGAGUAUGGGGCUUCAUCAAGAAAAUAACAUUCCAGAUCUCGAUUCUACAAGAGAACAUCGACGUCAGAUAUGGUGGCACCUAGUCUGGCUGGAUAUACAAUCUAGCCUUGCUAGCAGCUUACCAACAUGUCUUGAUAACAGUGCUCUAGGUGGAGUGCAAAUGAUUUCCGCGCCAGAGAACUCUGCUGUCAAGCUCCUUGCCAUCGGUCGGUACGAAGCAGCACGGCUACAAAACCAGAUUAUGCAUCAAUUCCAGAAUGUCGCUUCCCGAAACAAAGGCGAAAUAUCUCAGGAAACGGUAAAAGAGCUUUUGGAAGCAGCCAGAUCUCUUGGCCGUCUGAUCGACAAUCUCAUUGCCAAAAUACCGGAUUUUAAAGACCCCAAGGACAUAUUUCCUGACGAUUUGACGGAAGCCUCCCCAGAAUCACAUUUCGCUCUCUACCAAGACGAAGGUAAAGCGCCUACUUUGAUUGGUGCGUUGGCACGAACAAGCUUGUUUCUGGUCAAAUUAGAGGUGGCCACCAUGCUGAAGAAAUCGCUGCUUGGGCCUCCGGAUUCGAUAUCCUCUGAAAGGCCUUGGAAUCGCAUCUACCACCUCUCACUGGUCUACAUCCGGAAAUACUUACGUCUUUGUAGAGCUCCAGCAUUUGAACCCUAUCUUUGGUUUCUCGCCGAGUACUAUGGCCCCCAGCAGAGUUCUCUAUUGAUAUUGGUCUACCUGAUUCAUCAUCGAGGAGCCGAAGAUGAGAAAAUAGCUCGCUACUACGUGGAUGGAUGCCUGCAAUUCAUGACCGGAUCCGCAUUCAAGAAGCCGCAAACUAAGAUGGCCAUCAGCGUUAUUCUUGGUCUCUGCGGGGAAGCUGGGCCACAAAUGCACUACUUCCAUCGUGAAGAAAGCCCUACUGAAUCCGAACACGGGCCUAACUUCCGUGACUUGCAAGACACAGACUUGUGGGACUCAGUCAUCGACGAGUCGGGAUUUGGCUUGCGUGGCGCUACUCUGGACUUGUGCCGCAUCUGA